GCGCCACAAAUUCCAAAAUUACAUCAUCCACAACACCCUCGCUCACAACCAUGGCGGCGGCGGCAUCGGCAUCGGGCAACGGCAGCGGCAACAAGAACUUCCACCUCAAAGUGGUGGCCAUCGUGACCACCGCCGCCGUCACGAAGGAGGAGGAGCGCGUGUUCACCCUCCCGCUCGAGCCGAUGCUGAACGAGGACACCGCGCUGCCGCACAUGCGCAAGAUUGUGGAGUCCUUCGCCCCCAUGAAGAUCCCCGACCCGGAGGACAAAGUCGCCAUCGUGGACAAGGUCGUCGACUGCGCCCUCCGUCUCUUCGUCGCCCUCGAACGUGUCCAUCAAACUAACGACGACGAUGACAACAAAAAGACUACUUCUGGCGGCCUUGAUGCGGAGAGAAAGUGGUGGUUUUACUCCAAGGAUGAUGGCCUGCCGCAGACCACGGUGACGAUCUACGUCGCCCAUGAUGGUUUCGUCUCUGCUGUUGGCGACUUCGAGUUGGAUGAUACUGAUGAUUCCGACGACGAGGAGGAUGAUGACGAGGAGGAGGAGGAGGAGGAAGGUGGUGUUGAUUCCAUGGAGAAGAAAUAGAAGAUCGAUGGUGUUGUUGUUGUACGUGGUGGCUGUUGCCCUAGCAAUGGCGGCUACGUGCAUGCAUGGUGGUGUGCCAUGAUAUUAUUAUUACUAAAACUAUGUCUGUUUGUGUCCGUUUGUUCAAUAAUCCAGUGUUUUCGUGAACUGGAAUUUCAUGUUCGGGUCAUCGUUUUAUUAUGUGAACGAUUAGUAGUAGUAAUGUUUUGUUGUCGAUCGGUGGUUGGUCACUGUUUAUGUUAUUAGAGAACAAUUAAAUGUCUCCCUUUUUAUAAUAAGAUGGUCAAACAAUUCUGUGUUGUGAUGAUAUAUAUAUGCUUGAUACGGCACUUAAAAGUUUUCGUUGAAGUAUAAUAUUAUCUUAAUUUCUUAAAAAAUUGCAAAAUAUGGA